AAUGAAAAGGAAAUCCCUUCCUCACAAGAGAGAGCGGUUGCGGAGUUCCAAAUUCCAAUCUCUCGAGGAAGAAAUGGAGCCAUGGGAGUAGAGCGAGGGAGGGAGCGUCAAGAGGCCGACGGUCCCGCCUGUGGCCGCACUCGGCGCCGAACUCCUGGGGAAGGUACUACGCCGCCUCCCCGACAUGGCGUCGCUCGCCAGCGCCGCCUGCGUCUGCAAGCGCUGGGGCCGCGUGGCCUCCGACCCCGCCGUCUUCCGCCGCUUCGGCUCCCUCCGCAGGCCCCCGCUCGUCGGCGUCCUCGUCACCAACCGUGGCCGCGAGAAGUUUCCCCUUUACUACCAUGAUACCUGCUUCAUCAAGGCGCCCUCUCGCAACAACCCCGAGCUGGCCUCCGCCGCGGCGAACGGCGACUUCUACUUCAUGCACCACCCCGACGUCGACAACGACGACGAGUGGCGCCUCCGUGGCUGCGACGGCGGCUUCCUCCUCUUCUCCCUCGGCCGCUACAGCACGGACCUCGCCGUGUACGACCCUCUCGACCGGACCGCCGUCUUCUUCAAGCCGCCCCACGACUUCCGCCCGUUCCGCUACGCCAUCGUCGCCGACGAGGCCGACGCCUCGUUCCAGGUCAUCGCCAUACAGCCCGACCCCUGGGGCGACGAUGCCUCGGUCGUCUUCUCCUCCCGCACCCGCAGCUGGGUGGAGAACGGCUCGGUGCGCUACAGAUUUGCCUGGCCCUACACCGACGGCAUUGCCGCCGGGCGGUUUGCCUACUGGCGGUCCAACACCAAGAAGGAUUGUUAUUGUGAACCGAAGGAGGAGAUAUUGGUGGUUGACACGAAGACCAUGGUGUGGUCGUACAUGACCGCGCCGGUGCCGGUCGGCGAAUCGUACUGCGUGGCGCACAUGCCGGAGCACGGCGGGCUGUGCAUCGUGUCCAGCAAAGAGCAACGCGUGCUGCUCUGGGUCAGUGACGCCAAUGGUGGAUGGGUGGUCAAGAAGGAGGUCUCGCUGCUGAAUCACUUUCCCUACUUGAAGAAGCUUCGUCGUGACCAGUGGAUGAAGAGGGUGCGCAUCCUGGCGAUGAGGGCCGGCUAUGUUUACAUGGAGUUCUGGUCCAUAAGGAAGACCGACUCCUAUCUUCUUGUGCUCAACCUCAACACCGUCAAGCUGGAAAUUUUUCUGAACAAUGGGCUCAACAAUGAGGAUAGGCCUUACAGAGGCCCUGCUUUUCCGUUCUUUUUGCGGAUGGCACCUCUGCCUGCCGCAGAUGAUGACAAGAAGCUUCAAGAUGCUUGAUGCAUGGAGUAGGUCAAGUUGGUAGAAGUAACUUAAUUUGGAGCGUGAGGUGUCAUCCACUCAUCCUUUUGAAAGGGAAUUGCAGCAGUUGUUUGGUACGGAGUACAUCUUUUCCGAUUGACAUGGGAAUGGAAGCGUGUAGCUAUUUUGCAAGCCAUAUAUGGUCUAUUUUGUGGAAAUAGCUUCAAUGUAAUCUGAAUUUAGUCCCUUUCCGGUCAUGAGACCUGUUUGAUGUUAGUUAAAUGAAACUUCAACUAAGAUGGUUUAAUUUAAUUUUGGUUUUGUGCU